CCCGCCCCAGGUGCCGCCCCGCAGGACGCUUCUUCUGCGGGGGCUUCGGCGCCGGAGGAGGCGCACCGAACCCUGCGCCCCGCGACUGCAGCGCCCGCCGCGAGGAGCCUGGCGCGACCCCCAGCCGUGUGCCCCGCCCCGGCGCCAUGCACUGCGAGGUGGCCGAGGCGCUUUCGGACAAGAGGCCCAAGGAGGCCCCCGCUGCACCCGGCCCCGGCCUCGGGCCCGCCGGCCUCGGCGCGCACAUGGCCUUCAGGGUCACUGUGAGCGGCGGCGGCUGCGGGGAGGGGGUCCCGCGGGACCUGCUCCCUCGGCUGCCUGUGCCACCGCCGCGCUCCCACGACCUCCUGCGGCCCCGGAGUCCGAGAGACUACGGCCCGUCCAAGGCCGCCGCCACCGGCAGCGGGAAGGUGAAUGGGAGCUACGGCCGCUGCACCCCCGGCUCGGAAAAGGGCCUGCUGGACCUGGACCUUGCUGAGGGCUCCGGCCCCGCCUGCCACCAGAGCUUGUUUCUCCCAGUGGGAACCCCGCCGCCCCAGGGCCACUCCCCUGCCUGCGAGAGGCUGCUGCAUUUCCCCCACCCUCACAGGUCACCCAGGCCCCAGGCCUCCUAUGUGAAUGGCGGCCUGCCAGCCACACAACACAUCAAGCAGGAGUCCCUGCCCGACUUCCAGGUCAUGGAAGCCCACACACCCCUGUCGACCCACUGCCGGGCCCCGCCAGCCACAGGGCUGCACACAGCGCUGGACCUCCCGGGCCGGGGCCUCGCCAACCCUGCCCCUUCCUGCUACCUUCUGGGCAGUGAGCCUAGCCCGGGCCUGGGCCUCCAGCCUGAGGCCCACCUGCCCAAGGGCACCCUGAAGCGCUGCUGCCUCUUGGGCCUGCCUCCUGUUUCCUCAGCCUCCACCUCACCCUGUGUCUCUUCCGACAUCACCCCGAUCAUCUGCUCCUCCCAGACAGCUCUAGUCUCCUGUGUAAAUGGACUCCGGAGCCCUCCUCUGCCAGGAGACGUCGGGGGCCCUCUCAAGAGGUCCCGGCAUGGCCCUGCACCCACUGAGAGUCAGGAGGGCAGUGUGCAACUGGAAGAGUGCCAGAAGGCGGGCUUCCUGAAGCAGGAGCCCUCGGACGAGUUCUCGGAGCUCUUCGGGACUCACCAGCAGGGCCUGCCACCUCCCUACCCGCUGCCUCAGUUACCAGCUGGCCCGGGCCUGGGAGGCCUGGGCCUGGCGGGCAGGCUGGUGGCCGGGCGGCAGGCCUGCCGCUGGGUGGACUGCUGUGCAGCAUAUGAGCAGCAGGAGGAGCUGGUGCGGCACAUCGAGAAGAGCCACAUCGACCAGCGCAAGGGCGAGGACUUCACGUGCUUCUGGGCCGGCUGUGUGCGCCGCUACAAGCCCUUCAACGCCCGCUACAAGCUGCUUAUCCACAUGAGGGUGCACUCGGGUGAGAAGCCCAACAAGUGCAUGUUUGAAGGCUGCAGCAAAGCCUUCUCGAGGCUGGAGAACCUGAAGAUCCACCUGAGGAGCCACACAGGCGAGAAGCCAUACCUGUGCCAGCACCCAGGCUGCCAGAAGGCCUUCAGCAAUUCCAGCGACCGUGCGAAGCACCAGCGCACCCACCUGGACACGAAGCCGUACGCUUGCCAGAUCCCUGGCUGCUCCAAGCGCUACACGGACCCCAGCUCCCUCCGCAAGCACGUGAAGGCCCACUCAGCCAAAGAGCAGCAGGUGCGCAAGAAGUUGCAUUCCAGCCCUGACACGGAGGCCGACGUCCUGACGGAGUGUCUGGCCCUGCAGCAGCUCCACACUUCUGCACAGCUGGCUGCUGGUGAUGGGAAGGGAAGAUGCCUGGGCCAGGAGCUGCUCCCAGGUGUGUACGCUGGCUCCAUCACCCCUCACAAUGGGCUCGCCUCCAGCCUCCUGCUCCCCACCCAUGACGUCCCUUCCAGGCACCACCCACUGGAUGCCGCGGCCAGUUCCCAGCACCACCUGCCCCCUCUGCCGACCGAGAGCUCCAGGGAUGGGUUGGGGCCCGGCCUCCUCUCGCCCAUGCUCAGCCCGCUGAAGGGGCUCAGGCCAUCGCCAGCAUCCUCCCAAAACCAGUCUCCCGGGGCCCAGCCCUUCUCCACGCUGCCCAGCAAGCCGCCCUACACCCCCUUCCAGAGUCCCCCGCCCCCACCGCUGCCCAGCCCGCAAGGCUACCAGGGCAGCUUCCACUCCAUCCAGAACUGCUUCCCCUACAGUGACUGCUACCAGAGCGGCGAGCCCGCGGCCGGCGGGGAUGGGCUGGCCGGGGAGGUCCCCGGGUUUACCCCGCUGCGGCCCAGUGGCUACCCCAGCCUCAGCGCGCCUUUACCUGCCGCAGGUGAGGGGGCUUUGUGCACAUUGUCCCGAGUCCCUCGGACGGCCUCGUGGGAUUGUUGUGAAGUUAAGGCUACGAGGCCCCGUGCCCCACAGUGCUACCCCCACAGUCAUCUGAAGACGUGGUGUCCGGUGGUCCCGAGGACUGCGGCUUCUUCCCCAACGGUGCCUUUGACCACUGUCUGAGCCACAUCCCUUCCAUCUACACAGACACCUGAAGGAGGGCAGCCCCUGCCGGCCUGCGCAUGGUUCUGCGCCACCCUUGCCAGGGCUGGGCCAGUUAGGCUGCCACACGGGGCUGAGCUCAGUGGUGCCUGCCAGGGACAAUGGCCGUGUGAUAGGCCCUUGGUUGUGUCUUCCUUUUUCUCUCGCCUUCGGUUUCAGAAUCACAGACCUCGUGUAUAUAAAAUGUAUGGAACGUG